AUGUCCUGGAAUGAUCUCUACACCUAUGAAACCUUUACCCUCAUCAGAUUUUGCCGCAUCCAGACAUUUACAGUACAUUGUAUGAAUCAUCUUCUCUUUGCUGAAUCAUCAGACUAUACAGGACUUCUCAGAAAGAAGUUGAUUCAUGCUUCGAUCGGCUUCGGAAAUAGAGGCAGAGUUUACCACAUGGGUUGCAAAUAUUUGAUGUGA